CAACAUUCAUUCCUGCUCUGCCCUUUCCUGGGACAGCUUGUCUGCCUGGCUUCAUCUGGUUACUUAUAACUAGCUACAAUGGCGAAGAUGAGUUUUGUGCCAUCUUUUCUCCUCGUAUUCUUUCUCGUCUUCGUAGCUGCGUCGUACGACAAGAGAGAUGAGUGCAUUGAAACCAUGUUCACAACCGUUGCUGAGGGCAUUGACCCUAACCGUACAUGUGAGAAGCAUGAACGUUGUGGAUUUUGGGUGUACGACUGGGAGAAGGACGUAAAAUAUACCUCCGACAUAAUGACCAAUGCGUGCAUUUGCCACGAUUGGCAAAAGUGUUUGGUGAACAGGAGAGAAGAGAAUUACGCUAUGAAGUACUACGCGUGCAGAUGUGUUAACGUUACUGAUCCGGAAUCCAAAAAUGAACCAGAUUUAGAUAUCGCAAAUUUGACUACCAUAGAACCGGGAACUGAUUUGGCCACAGAACGCGAAAAACUAUUCUAUGCAGAACUUGAAAAAUUGGCGGCCUCUGAUCCGGCAGAGGUAUUGGUUACCGAACCGACAAAGGAACCGGUAACCGAAAACCGUGCAGAGACAUCUGACGACCUUUAAAUUCAUUUUUCAUAGUAAAUUUAGACUGUAAGUUUUUUUUAGAUACAAGACAUUCCAUUUUUAUUGAUUAUGUUUGGAUUUUCCGUCCUUCAUUUUAAUUUUUUACUAAUUUAGUAGGUCUCUACUAUGACCUUUGUAGUUACUUAACUACCUUACUUUUAAGUUAGUUAUUACGUAUCUUUUCAUUUUAUUUACGUCAUAUGUUUACAUAUGAAGGUUCCUCAGUGCAUCAGUAGUUAGGCCUGUUUUUUGACAAUGAGUUUAGUCUGGCCAGAUAGCGAUAUUUUUAAACUUAGGAAUAGGUUGCAAAAGGAUUUACUAACUAACUUUGCGGCGUAUGCUGUGUUUGGAAGGUGCGAUUGGUAGUUAUACUCGGAAAGGGCGUGAAGUUAGUCAUAUGUUUGUCCAAUGCAUUUGUCAAUUUUUAUGUUUUUUUAGAAAUAGGUUGCGAAAGGAUUUAACUAACUAACUUUGCGGCGUAUGCUGUGUUUGGAAGUGCGAUUAGUAGUUAUACUCGGAAAGGGCGUGAAGUUAGUCAUAUGUUUGUCCAAUGCAUUUGUCAAUUUUUAUGUUUUUUUUAGAAAUAGGUUGCAAAAGGAUUUAACUAACUAACUUUGCGGCGUAUGCUGUGUUUGGAAGGUGCGAUUUGUAGUUAUACUCGGAAAGGGCGUAAAGUUAGUCAUAUGUUUGUCCAAUGCAUUUGUCAAUUUUUAUGUUUUUUUAGAAAUAGGUUGCAAAAGGAUUUAACUAACUAACUUUGCGGCGUAUGCUGUGUUUGGAAGGUGCGAUUUGUAGUUAUACUCGGAAAGGGCGUGAAGUUAGUCAUAUGUUUGUCCCCAGCAUUUUUCAAUUUUUAUGGUUUUUAUUAUGUAUUUGUCUUUUUAGUAUUAAUGAUUUUAAUAUUUUAGUAUUAAUUGAUCGUAUUGAAGUGCCUUUGUCACUAUUAUUUUGUUGUAGAGCAUAGAACAGGCGAAGUAUUACAAUUUUAUUCUAUGUAGUAAUAUAAUGUAGAGCAUAGAACAGGCGAAGUAUUACAAUUUUAUUCUAUGUAGUAAAAUAAUAACAAUGUAUAAGUUAAGUAAAGUCUUUAUUGAGACUAAAUACGAUGUAUUUCAUCGAUAGAAUAAACUAAGCAUUUUAAGUA